AUGGGAGCAAUCACAAGGUCAAAUAAAUCAGGAGCUAGAACGGCUGAAAACACGUCUCAAGUAUAUCCAUUAGCAACAGAGAUUCCGCAAGACGUCAACAAGUCAUCCAACGGUAAAGUCAGCAAACCAAAACCAAAACCAAAAUCAAAAUCAAAAUCAAAAUCAAAACCAAAACCAAAACGUAAAUCACCUGUCUCGAAACCUUUAAAGGAUGGACAAAAAGUACUUGAAAAAUCCAGCAAAUCUAUAGAGCUAUUCCUAGACCGUGAAAAUAUCCCACCAGAUUUGUCGCUCCCUAAGGAAUUUAUUGACUGGCAUACACCGCAUUUCAUUAAAGGUCUUCAAUACUGUAUAGAAAAGGAUCCCACAUUGUACCCCGUGGUAGCACAACAAAACUUUAGUGGAUUUGGAUCAAAGGAGUUUGAUGAAAAACUACAGACUGCGGAUGACGAUCGAGUACACUUUUAUUGGUAUAGUCUUGUAAGGUCGGUCAUUGCUCAACAAGUAAGUGGUGCUGCUGCCAAAGCGAUUGAAAAAAAGUUCAAAAGCUUGUUCUCCGAGGAUGAAAUACCCACAGCACAAAAGACAAGAGAGAUGAGUUCUGAAAAGUUGAAAAGUGCUGGGCUAUCUGGUCCCAAGGUGAAGUAUGUUGAGCAUAUUAGUGAAGUGUUUUCCAACCCAAAAAACAUUUUGUGUGACUUGAAUUUCUAUAGAACCGCUUCAGAGGAAGAAAUUUAUAAAGAGGUAUGUAAGUUGAAAGGGAUAGGUAUUUGGUCGGCAAAGAUGUUUGCUUUGUUUACAUUGGAAGAAAUGGAUGUGUUUGCUGAGGAUGAUUUGGGUAUAGCGAGAGGGAUGGCCAAGUAUUUAGAGCAAAGGCCUGAAGUGUUGGAAAGAGUCAAGCGGGAAUGUGCAGGCGACGAGUCAAAACAAAUCAAAUUGAAAAAAAGACCAAAAUUCUUUAACAAGGAGAGUUCCAAGAGAACAUGGAAACCUUUACACGAUGUAUAUGUCAUCGAGGUUGCCGAAAAGUUCAAACCUUAUAGAAGUGCAUUUAUGAUGAUAUUAUGGAGAUUAAGUUCUACAAAUAUAGAAGCAUUAGAAAUAUAG